UUCAAUUGCAGAAGUCGAGACUUGAAAUUUUCGGAUACUACCCCCUUGCUCCAGCUGUGGCUGCCAGAAAUAUACCCAGAUGCUCAUCUAACAUACGUCAGGUCUGCGAGUGAGUCUUCUAAGAAGACAUUCGCGAUAAGAGUAAAGACGGGCAUUGCGAGGCUAGAUUUGGCAGAGGGAGAAGAGGCGAUGGAUGCAAUCGUUGGGUAUUUUCUAAGAACCAUCGCUAAAACUAACAUAACCAAUUAUAACAACAUAGCUUUGGCCUCUCAAACCGUCGUCAUCCGGCUUCACCACCUCCUUGCCUUGUCGAAACGCAAGCUCGCCCUCUCUCCUCGUUCGACAACCUCCAGCGUUACAAAGCCCUGUUAUCCGGGUGCAAUGAUCUUUGCUAGUCCAGUUUCUGCGGUCGCUGGUUAUUUCAAUGCAUUGGAAGCGGAGAAUUAG